AACAGAUCCAAGAUCUACUGCACUUUCAACCCCCUCGUCCCUCGCUUCUCAAUACCCAUCUUCUUCUCCAAUUUUCCCUCCAUUAAUUUUCCUAUCUCAAAAGAGAAGCAUCAAAUAUGUUUCGAUCAGCGGUGGCAAUAUGGAUUCUGCUCUAUCUUGUCAUCUCUCCCUCCAUAUUUAUCAUCUGUUUGUCAGAACAACACCCAACCAAUCUUAUGGCAGCUAAAAGGAAGCGUAUGAGCGACAGAGUUCGCGAAAUGUUUUACCAUGCUUAUGAUAACUACAUGAUGUAUGCUUUUCCGCAUGAUGAGCUGAAACCUCUGAGCAAAGCCUACACAGAUUCUCUAAGUGAACUUGGAAAUUUGAAGCUUGAACAUCUGCCGCAGCAGUACAAUGGAUCAGCUCUUACCCUAAUUGAAUCACUCUCCAGCCUCGCAAUCUUGGGUAACUACACUGAGUUUGAAAAGGCUAUUCUUUGGCUAUCCGAAAAUCUAUCAUUUGAUGUUGAUGCAAGGAUAAAUCUGUUUGAGUGCAACAUAAGAGUUCUUGGAGGACUUGUUUCUGCUCAUAUUCUUGCCACUGAUUCUACGAACAGGUUGGUUCAAGGAACUUAUAAGAAUCAACUCCUUGACCUGGCUGAAGAUUUGGGACAACGCUUUCUACCUGCUUUCGAUACUCCAACCGGAUUACCUUAUGCUUGGAUCAACUUAAAGCAUGGUGUAAUGGCGGAUGAGACAACUGAAACGAGCACAUCUGGAUGUGGUUCUCUAAUCCUUGAAAUGGGUACAUUAUCACGUUUAACCGGUGAUCCAAGAUUUGAGACGGCAGCUUUGCGUGCUCUUCGUAAGUUAUGGAGCAUGCGGAGUUCUCUAAAUCUUCUUGGCACUACACUGGAUGUAGCAACUGGAAACUGGAUUGAGUAUUCUUCUGGAAUUGGAGCUGGUGUGGAUUCAUUCUAUGAAUAUCUAAUGAAAGCAUAUGUUCUAUUUGGAAGAGAUGAAUUCUGGAAGAUGUUUCAAUCUGCUUACAUUGCUGUGCAGAAAUACUUUAGGCAUGGCCCGUGGUAUCAUGAAGCAGACAUGAGAACUGGAAAAGCAACAUACUGGCAGCUCACAAGCCUUCAAGCAUUCUGGCCCGGUCUGCAAGUUCAAGUUGGGGAUAUCGAUGCAGCUAAUUCAUCACACCGCGAAUUUUUCAAGGUGUGGAAGCAAUAUGGAGUACUUCCAGAGAGGUAUCUGCUGGACCAUCAGAUGUUGCAUCCUACUGAAAAAUACUAUCCUUUACGCCCUGAAUUGGCAGAGUCCACAUUUUACUUAUACCAAGCAACCAAAGAUCCAUGGUACAUGGAAGUGGGUGAAUCAAUAAUAAAUUCUCUGAAUGCACACACAAGAGUUAAAGGUGGCUUUGCCAGCAUUAGGGACGUGACUACAAUGCAAUUAGAAGACCAUCAGCAUAGUUUCUUCCUAGCAGAAACGUGCAAGUAUUUGUAUCUACUUUUUGAUGAUUCAUUUCUCCUUAAUCAAAAUUACAUUUUUACAACUGAGGGUCAUCCCCUGCCUGUUAGACGCAGUUGGCAUGAGAGGCUUCCUGAGGCUUAUAAUCUAAGUAAUGGAAGUUCUGUCAAGAAUGGAGAGCAGAUAAAACGAACCAGUGCCAUGUCACUUCGAGUUUGUCCAGCUGCUAUGAUUCACCAUGAAUCGAAUGAAAGGCGACUUGAAAGUGCUUGCCACAUCCCUGAUACUCGCGCUGAUCACAGAUGUUUCAGUGAUGUUGAUUGUGGUCUUGAUGCCAACACCUGUAGACGGAGGUCAUGCAGUAUGGCUGGAUACUGUGGUCUCUGGUCGUACAUAUAAAAGGAUGUAUAUCUUCAUAUUCUUUUGCAACAGACAAGGUACACAGGUUUUAGGAAAAUGUUCAUUUUUGUAUACUAUAUCUUAAGAGUCAAAAGGUAAUACUAAGAGCAUUCUCAUGAGAUAUAGGUCAAGAUUAAAAUGUAAAACACACUCAAAAAGUUGUCACAGGAAUUUUGUUUAUAUGUUUAAAAGCAUUAAGAGCGUGCCGGAAUGAAGUUAAUCAAAAGAUAAGCAUUUUGCUGCCAUAAGAAUCAUGUUGUUGGCUUGUUAUUACUCUGUGGCUGUGUGGCAUGUCUUAUAUUAGCAGUUCGAGCAUGGUGAAAACAAGGAAGAGAAAGCAAAGAGGUAGAUAUUUGUUAUUUAUCUUUCACCUUGUUCUUGUAAUCCAGGUGGAAAAUUUUGAGAAAUUUCUGCAGUAUCUUCUGCGGUUUAACAUCUCUACUAGUUGUGUCUGGUGUAUUUUUUUUUUCCUUUUUAUUGUCAAUAAUCAUAUUCCAUGAAGCUUUGUUUAA